GUGGUUUUAGGCGUGAAAUAUGGUGCAGUGUGUAAAUGCGGAGGCGCGCAUUUAACUUUACGACUUGCUUUGGUUACGGUAACGAUUCGAUUUAGGUUUUACUUCUAUAAUCUUGUGUGCCCAUUGUAGUGUAGCCAGUGUUAUCGUGAACGUCCAAGAUUUGCUUUCUUUCUUUGCUGGAUAACUGUCUUGUAAAACUUGAACAAUGAGUUUGCGGUGCAAACUGCUCUAGUCAUAAUCCUCACUCUAUUGAGAACUCAGCCCGUCUCCAGCAGGUCUCGCUCUUCGUUACUACUUGAAAGAAGAUGAGUGCAAAUGAGCCUUCUUUGACAAUGAAGUUAACGCGCGAUCAGAUCAUGAAUACCUUUUUCGCUCCUCUGGAAGAACUCAAGCGAGAAGAGAACGAGCGACAGUGGUGUGAAUUGUCCGAGAUGAGACUAUUCCAGCUGAUCAUACGUUACAAACCAGUAGGUGUAAACAAGCAUUUUAUGCUUUCCUGCAUUGCAAAACACAUGUGCAAAUUGUACGAAAAUGAGGAAGCUUUUGAGUACUAUUUGAGUGAUGCAGACUUCGAGCUUGUGCGAUCACGUAAAGACUUGCCGGCUACGGCGAAGACCCUCAGCUUCGAGCCCAGAUACAAUACUAGGCCCACAACAAAGCAAGUUGAGGAUCGAUUGAGAAAAUAUUGGGAUAUGACUGUUAUAGAGUACAAUGAGGGCGUACCGGAUGGUUUUGAAGUGCAUAGCGAGUUUUUCCUGCCUGAUGGUCAGUUUUCUGAGCUCCUGAAAGAAAAGGAGGAGGCAAAUGCCGCAGCAAUGUCAACUUCAUCUUCAAAGAGGCGAUCUCGUCGUGGUGGCGGAUCGCCGGAUUCGGCCGAUCGUUAGCGCAAGUGUGAUUUUCAUUGACAGUAUAACCUGCAAUCAUUUGGACUCAUUUCAUUUUGAUACUCAUUUUCUCCCAUGAUCCAAGUUUUCAUACUGGAUUUUUUUUCUGAAGAAACUCCAUAUAUUCUCUCGUAGACAGUGCAGUUUUCUUCAAAUCUAGCUCCAUUUCAGUUAUUGUAAUUCGCUUGUUGUUGGGAAAUGUGUAUGGUUUCUUUUACAAUCGAAUCAUUUCAUAUAAUCAUGUGUGCACCCGCACACAUGUUCUGGCGUCCCCAUCCUGGAUUUGCAAUUCAAAACACAGGAGACUGACCAAA